AAAAAAAUUAAGGAAGCUGGUUUGCCAACAAAUAUUGUAAACCGGAUUGAAGCCAGAGUGUCGAGUCUGGUCUUUUCGGAGAUCCAAUCGCACUUGGAAACAAUAGAAGCAGAAUUCUAUUACGAAGGAGAAUAAAAUGCAGCCCAAUGGAUAUUUGCGCAGUGAACACACAUAGUUUUAGGAGUUUAAUGAAACGUGCCUUAUAAAAUUUUAAGUUAUUUAUUAUACAAUGUUUUAUUUUACAUGUAUUUGCACAUGGAUGCAGCAUGUUGUAAUAGGUACAUGUCACCCACGUUCUACAAAAGUGUAUUAACUCCAAAAUGGUUAUAUGGUUUACAUUACACUGCAACUUUUUUUUUGAGUUAUGCGAGGAAUGAGAAACUUGGACUUAAUACACUUUUGUUGAAUACAUGCGAUAUGUGCAUAUGUAUGAACUCAUGUUUUGUACUGAAAUUUGUUACUUUGUUUAAUGUUAAUUAUUUAUUUUAAAUGUAUAGCUCAUUCCCUAAGAAAACCAUAUACAUCCAAAUUUCAAACUUGAUGCAAAAAUUUUUG